UCCGUCCGCCAUCUCGCGUUGCCAUGGCGACGGCGCGGCGCGGAGAGGAGGCGGCGGUGGCGGAACGCUACGAUCGAGAUGGCUACAACAGGGCUGUAUAAAAUGGGUGAUGAAAGCAACUAUGGAACUAACUCCUUCCCUGCCAAGAACAUUUUACGUGGAAGUAAAGAAGGGUCUGGGCACUGGAUGGGGGCACGCAGAGCUACCCCAAGGGCUUGGACUAAGAAAGGAACCACCAGGAAGACACCACAGCAGAGGAGAAAGCCCCCAGAGUCUGACUCCAUGGAAGAACAUACUAAAGACAAUGUCCUGGAUGAACCAUUUCUGAUGAAGCACCACUGUUUGAAGAACCCCUCUGACCUGUGCUGUGUGAACAUAAGCAACCAAAAUCUGGUCUCUGCUAAAGAAGAUGAUUUUGAGAAAUUUGAUUGUGUUGCUUUUAUAAAUGCUGCUGAGAACCUGCUGACACUAGAACCCUUUCGGAAGUUUCCAGGACUGAGGGAACUGGAACUUUCCUUAAAUGGACUAAGAAAUCUGAAAAUCACCGCUGGAGACUUCCUGCAUUUGAAAGAUCUGGAUCUCUCCUACAAUAACUUGUCCCCCCAGGAUGUUUGGACGUUGGGAGAUUUGUCCCAGCUCAAAGUCCUUCGCUUGACGGCCAACAGGCUUCGGUCCCUGCCUCUGGACCUGGCAGGCUCCUGGGACUCUGCUCAUUUAAGGUUUCCAUCUCUGGAGGUCUUGUGGCUGGAUGAUAAUGGCCUGUCAGACCCCAGCAUCUUUGUGAGCCUCUCUCAUCUCUGCAGUCUGAAGGAGCUGAAUCUGGACAAAAACAGGAUUUCGGCUGUCCCUUACCUGCACCAAGCAGAGAGCAGGCAGUUCUUCCUCCACCCUGCUCUGGAUGGUGACAGCUUCAGGGCAGAGUGGUACAAAUCCCUGAGCAGGCUCUGGCAGCAAUCCCAGCUGCCGAAGCAGGAGGACACAAAGGUGCCAGCAGAGCUGGAAGAGAAGAAAGGACAGCUUGGACGUGUCGUGCUACAGAACAACAGGGAUCCAGGCAGGACGGAGGUCAUUUUUAAUUCUGGCUCUCAACAACGCCCGGCGCCGGUUAUACCCAGGGAAGGAGAUCCAUCUGCCUGUAAGGCUCUGCUGGCUCCCUCCACGCACAGGGGUGUUCGUGCUCCCUUUCCUGAGCUGAAGAUCCUCAGCCUGGCCUUCAACAAGAUCGUGGAUGAGACAGCUCUCCUGCCUGUGGCUUUCUUCCCCUGCCUGGAGGAGCUGACAUUUCAUGACAACCCUCUUACCACCACCCGGAGCGGGCAGCCACCUCUCCUGACCCAGCUCCUCCAGCACGAUCUGGGGAUUAAACUUGUCCGACAGAAGAACGUAGCCAUGGAGAAGCGACAUUUCUCCAUCCCUCUCAAAGCCAGCCGCAAGGUCACGUCGCAUCUCCCCAAAGUCAAGAAGAUGCUGGAAGUUCCUGCCAAGACCUUUCCUUGGAAACAGCUCCCAGCUGCAGUGGAAACUGUGAGAGAUGUGGCACCUCCAAGUCUGGCCCAGCCUCUUCACCCCAUCAGCUCCACAACCCCAUCACUGGAGGAAGAGGAAGGUGACUCCAGGCCUCCUCCUGGCCCAGCUGAGGAGAACAUUCCAUCCUUUUUCAUGACCCAGGUGGAAGAUGUGCCCAGACCCCUGCUGAGACCUGUGGCGGAGGGCAGGCUGGAGAAGAGGAGUGAGCAGAGGCAGGGAGGAAGGUCUCAGGUGGUUCCAGAGCAAUGCAAAGGCUACAAGGAGCCACUCGGUGAAGAUUUUAUUGAACCAGUUGGGAUGCAGAAGAACGUGCAGGGGUUGUAUGACCUCCUGAAGCCCCCCAGGGUUUACCGGGAUGCCAAGCCAGGACUGGACGUUGUGCAGAAGAUCUACCCACCUCAGAAAAAGUGUGGGAGGAUGCCCAGCCCUCCGGCCCGAAGGACAAAAGCAGAAGUCCUGGAUGAAAUCUUGAUGGCCAUGAGAAACACCUCAACCAUCACUGAAGUACCUUUGGUGUCUGUUUUGCAAAAGAGGAAAUCCAACCCCAGGGCGUACCGGGAGGCACGGAGGCUGAUGGAGGAAUUCCAGGAGGUGUUCGAGAUCCUCGCCACAGCCGUAGGUGAGGAGGUGACCAAGCCAUUGGAUGAUGCACAGGUGGUAAAAGCCCUUCUGGUGGAGGCAACAUCUGAGCAGGAGAACCCCAAAGAGCUACAGCUACAGCCAGAGAAGAGCGUGGCCAAGAAGGUGCCCAAAGUUUAGUCCGCAAUAUUAAG